AUAAACAGUUCCGCCAGAGUUUCUGAAGGACUGGGGCUCGGAAAGGGCCAAAUUCGGGCACCUGGGCCGAAGGGCCAGGCGUCAGUAUCUCUUCGUGGACUGGCGGUCCAGGGCGCAGGAGGGAAGCAAGCCUUAGCAACACGUCGGCCUCAGCAGUCGGGACGCACACAGUCUGCGUCAUGGCGGGCUGAGGCCGAUGAUGAAUUCCGGUGUGCAUGUCAGGGUUGCUGUGUCACUCGGCCCUUUCGACGCGCCCCUUCCCUGCCGCCCUUCCGCACCGGCUCUCGGGCUCUUCCGGUCUCCGACCGCUCCUCACCUGCAGGCCCCUCUACUGCCGCGGUCCGACCUCCCCUGCGGACUGAUCUCGCGCUGCGCGGGCCCCGGGCGCCGGACCAACAAGGGCCAUGGCGAGCGGCGCCGCCAGGUAUCGGCUGAGCUGCUCGCUCCCGGGCCACGAGCUGGACGUGCGGGGCCUGGUGUGCUGCCUCUAUCCGCCUGGGGCCUUUGUGUCCGUGUCCCGAGACCGCACCACCCGCCUCUGGGUCCCGGACAGUCCUAACAGGGGCUUUACAGAAAUGCACUGUAUGAGUGGCCACUCCAAUUUCGUAUCUUGCGUAUGCAUCAUACCUUCAAGUGAUGUAUACCCUCAUGGACUAAUCGCCACUGGAGGAAAUGACCACAAUAUUUGCAUUUUCUCUCUGGAAAGUCCAGCUCCACUUUAUAUACUAAAAGGUCACAAAAAUACUGUCUGUAGUCUUUCAUCUGGAAAAUUUGGGACAUUACUUAGUGGCUCAUGGGACACCACUGCUAAAGUCUGGCUGAAUGACAAAUGCAUGAUGACCUUACAGGGUCAUACAGCUGCAGUAUGGGCAGUAAAGAUCUUACCUGAACAGGGCUUAAUGUUAACUGGAUCAGCAGACAAGACUAUUAAACUGUGGAAGGCUGGAAGAUGUGAGAGGACUUUUUCAGGGCACGAAGACUGUGUAAGAGGUUUGGCAAUUUUGAGCGAAACAGAAUUUCUUUCCUGUGCAAAUGAUGCCAGUAUUAGAAGGUGGCAAAUCACUGGCGAGUGUCUGGAAGUGUAUUAUGGACAUACAAAUUAUAUUUAUAGCAUAUCUGUCUUUCCAAAUUGUAAAGAUUUUGUGACAACAGCAGAAGACAGAUCUCUGAGAGUCUGGAAACAUGGAGAAUGUGCUCAAACAAUCCGACUUCCAGCUCAGUCUAUAUGGUGCUGCUGUGUGCUAGACAAUGGUGACAUUGUGGUUGGUGCGAGCGAUGGCAUUAUUAGAGUGUUUACAGAAUCAGAGGAUCGGACAGCAAGUGCUGAAGAAAUCAAGGCUUUUGAAAAAGAACUCUCUCAGGCAACCAUUGAUUCCAAAACUGGUGAUUUAGGGGACAUUAAUGCAGAACAGCUUCCUGGGAGGGAACAUCUGAACGAACCUGGUACUAGAGAAGGACAGACUCGUCUAAUCAGAGAUGGGGAGAAAGUCGAAGCCUAUCAAUGGAGUGUUAGUGAAGGGAGGUGGAUAAAAAUUGGUGAUGUUGUUGGCUCAUCUGGUGCUAAUCAGCAAACAUCUGGCAAAGUUUUAUAUGAAGGGAAAGAAUUUGAUUAUGUUUUCUCAAUUGAUGUCAAUGAAGGUGGACCAUCAUAUAAAUUGCCAUAUAACAUCAGUGAUGAUCCCUGGUUAACUGCAUACAACUUCUUGCAGAAGAAUGAUUUGAAUCCCAUGUUUUUGGAUCAAGUGGCUAAAUUUAUUAUUGAUAACACAAAAGGUCAAAUGUUAGGACUUGGGAAUACCAGUUAUUCAGAUCCGUUUACAGGUGGUGGUCGGUAUGUUCCAGGCGCUUCAUCAGGGUCUUCUAACACACUGCCUGCAGCAGAUCCUUUUACAGGUGGUGGUCGUUAUGUGCCAGGGUCUGCAGGUAUGGGAACUACCAUGGCUGGAGUUGAUCCAUUUACAGGAAAUAGUGCCUACCGAUCAGCUGCAUCUAAAACAGUGAAUAUUUAUUUCCCUAAAAAGGAGGCUGUCACUUUUGACCAAGCAAACCCUACACAAAUACUAGGUAAACUGAAAGAACUUAAUGGAAUGGCACCUGAAGAGAAGAAGUUAACUGAGGAUGACUUGAUACUUCUUGAAAAGAUACUGUCUCUAAUAUGUAAUAGUUCUUCAGAAAAACCCACAGCCCAGCAACUUCAGAUUUUGUGGAAAGCUAUUAACUGGCCUGAAGAUAUUGUCUUUCCUGCGCUUGACAUUCUUCGUUUGUCAAUUAAACAUCCCAGUGUGAAUGAGAACUUCUGCAAUGAAAAGGAAGGGACGCAGUUCAGCAGUCAUCUUAUAAGUCUUCUGAACCCUAAAGGAAAACCAGCAAACCAGCUGCUUGCUCUGAGGACUUUUUGCAAUUGUUUUGUUGGCCAGGCAGGACAAAAGCUCAUGAUGUCCCAGAGGGAAUCACUAAUGUCCCAUGCAAUAGAACUGAAAUCUGGGAGCAAUAAGAACAUUCACAUUGCUCUGGCUACACUGACCCUGAACUAUUCUGUUUGUUUUCAUAAAGACCAUAACAUUGAAGGGAAAGCUCAAUGCUUGUCAGUAAUUAGCACAGUCUUCGAAGUUGUACAAGACCUAGAAGCCACUUUUAGACUUCUUGUGGCUCUUGGAACACUGAUCAGUGAUGAUUCAAACGCUGUGCAAUUAGCCAAGUCUUUAGGUGUUGAUUCUCAAAUAAAAAAGUAUGCUUCAGUAUCAGAACCAGCUAAAGUAAGUGAAUGCUGUAGACUUAUCCUAAAUUUGCUGUAACAAUGGGGAGGGGACUGAGAUUUUAAAUUGAUUAGUGUUUUUUUUUUUUCACAUUUCACAUGACUGAUUACAGAUGAUAAAGAAUGCUGUAGAUUAAGUCAAAAUUCAGAUCUUGUAAAGUGCGGGGAAGGGGAAACAAAGGAAAAAUAAAAUUUUUGCACUGGUGUACUGUGAGAUUUUCCUGUAUAAUGUGGGUAGGUUUUCAAGAGUUUAGAAAAUUAAGAAUGAGCUGUAAUCAACAAAAGAACAAUUACAGUGGCAUAAUUUCUGUACCUUAGCCACACAGGAGAAGACAAGAGCUUUUAUUUAUAUAAUCUGCUUUUGCUACUUACACACCCCAAACUGUUAAUUGUUGGUGGUUUUCUUUUUUUGAAUUUCUGCUCUACUCAUUUCAUUGCUGGAUUUUUUUUAACAGCACUGAUACAUUUCAAGGUCUUGUUUUGGGAUAACUAUUUUAGAAUUUUUAAAAAUUAAGUUUGUUGUAAAUUAUUGCAUAUAUUGAAAAGAUAUAAAAUAAUUUAUUCAUUUAAACUGUUUGUAAAUAGAAAGUGAAUUUGUUUGAUGGUUCAUUUUUAGAUGAAGUAAAACCAAAUUACUAAACUAUGUUAGGUUGUAUAUCAAUUCAGACAGAUGAAGCCCCAAAUUGACUCACACCUUAUGAUCUAGUUUCUUUUGCCCUUCACUAUAUGAGAUAACUUCAUUAUUCAUUCCAAUUUUGAUAUUUGUUUAUUUUUGGUCAUUUCCAUUACCUCAAAGGGAAUUUGGAAUGUACUGAAUGUUAUCAGGCAAUUGUGCAAGCAAGAAUACAUCAAACUAUGUUCAAGUCUAGAGCCUGUCAUCUGAAAUUAGUAUUUUUGAGCCCCUAACAUGGUCCAGGUGCUAUGAUAACCACUUUCAUAUUUAAUUCCUAAAACCCCUUAAAUGAAUUGUGAUGCUAUCUCUGUUUUCAGAAGUAAAGAUAGUGGAAUGAAUCAUGAUAGGAGAAAAAAAGGUGCAUACCAUGCUAUAUUUCCUAGAGAGGGGCUCACAAAUUUGUCUUUGAACAUCCUAGCAACUAACGCAAAGAAGGAACCCGCCCAAUAAUUACAUAAUUUAUUGUGUCUAAGAUAAAUUAAGAGAAGUGUAACUAUUCUUAUUUUAAAAAGUUAGAUCAUUUCACAAAGAGGACUUUGCCUAAAAUAGCAGGAUUCUCAAUAUUUAUUUAAAACCAUGCAUUUCCUGACUUACUGCCAAAUUGUAGUCAAAGAAGAAUAAUUCUCCCCCCAUAGGGGAGGAAAGGAUUCUGAUUGUCUAGAUUAAUCAAAGGAAAAACUUGGAAUGCCAAAAAAAAAAAAAAUGGGUAAAAUAUAAAAGGGGAUGUAUAUUUUUACUAAGUAAUAAAUUGCAACUUUUCUGGUGUUUACCCAGACUUUAACUGUUCUAUUUGCUGGUUCCAUUAGGACCCUGUGCUUUACUUUUUUGUUGAAUUGAAAUUUAGGGGGUUAAGUCAAAGUUAAAGAGCAAAGUUAAGAGUUUAACCCAGGUCAGCCUGGUUCCAUUACAUUACACUGCUUUCUUGUUAACAUGUCCAGUCUAGCAUGUUACAAACACUUUAUCCACAACAUUUUGAAAUGUUAGUUACCUCUGGACAUAAAUUCUUGGUUAAGAAUGUGAGUUUACUCUUCAAAAUGUGAGGGGUGGCAAAUUGUAAACACUGUUUGCUUCCUAUUAGUAUAUAAGUCUUUUUAUAACAACUUUUUAUUAUACCAGUAUUUCAUGUUUAUUGAAAAGUUACAAAAUACAGUUUAGCAAAAUGAAAAAUAAAUCCUACUAGAAAGAUAAUUGUUAAAUGGUGAUUCAGUGAUAUUUUAAAGAUUUUUCUUUUUCAGUUAAACUUUUUCCCAUGAUUUCCUUAACUUUUUUUUUCUGACUAUAAAUACGUAUUUGCUGAAUACAAUACACACGUAAAUAAAUAUUUUCUGUAAUCCAAUCA